AUCCCCCCAACCCCCCGAAUCCCCAACUCUCCCAAGCCCCUCCUCCUCUACAAGAAAUGCUUCCUCGACGCAGCCACCGGCACCGUCAACGCCCAACUCGCCUACGACACCUUCCGCCAGAACCACUGGACCCCGCGCUGGAUCACCACCUACGGCCACGCCCAACGCUCCCACUACCACCCCCACACCCACGAAGUCAUGGUCGUGCUGUCCGGCCCCGGCCGCAUCCGCUGGGGCACCGCCGACCUUGCCGACGACCCGGCCAAACACACCUACGGCGUACCGGGCACGGACUUUGAGGACGGAAGCACGUUUGUGGACGUCGAGGCGGGGGAUCUCUUUGUCAUUCCGGCGGGCGUGGCGCAUAAAUCUUAUGAUGUGGCUGCCGCAAGUGAGGACCCGGUGGCGUUGACGGGGGGUGGGGCGCAGAGGAUCGAGGCGGGGGAUGAGAGGGCAUUUGUGGGGGAGUUGCAGGCCACGGGGAAAAUCGGGGGGUUCACGAUGAUGGGAGCGUAUCCCGGGGAGGCGACCUGGUCGUGGGCGGAGGGAGGGGAGCAUGUGGGACGG